GCCUGCCUGCCCGCCAGCCUAGUCCCCUCCUCCCGGCCCACAGCUGGAGCCGGCCCCCCUCCCCAGAUGUGGCGCCGCCGCCGCCGCCCCCCGGCCCGGCCCGGCCCCGCACCCAGGGACUGACGGACCCACGGAGGGCGACAGCCAGCCAGCCAGUCUCCCCACCUCCCUGCCGCGGCGGUGGAGUGCCCCCGGAGCCCGCUCGGACCCUCCAGACAAAGUUGAGUCCCGCCGGGCCCCUUGGCCGCUCCUGGGACAGACACGCCGCCCUCCCCCCUGGGUGGCUGCGCUCCAACUCCACUUGCGUACUCUUCGGGAACCGGACACGCGCUGCCGCUGCUUCAAGUCCCGGACCCGCAGGGGUCCUGGGAUCUGGGCCUCCCCCAGCCCCCCAGGGAGAAGGCAAGAUCGCGGAGGACUUUUGUGCAGAUCCAGAGCCCCAGACAUUCCUCUCCCUCCUGAUCUAGACUCCUCCAGUGUUCUGGCUCUUAGAGCUGAUCCCUGGGGAUCCCAAGGAGCUUGGAGGGGGCAGACAUAGGAAGUCCCUUAACUGUGGCUUGAUUUCAACAAGAAAGUAAUGGUCAGUCCAGUGCCUGAGACCAGCUCCACUCCCUGCUCAAAGGCCGUUGCUCUGAGAUCUUCCCGACAUGCCUGAAGGAGCUCACAGCCUGAGUCUCAGCAAACCCAGCCCAAGCCCAAGCCCUGGCUGUAACCACCGAGGGCUUCCCCCAGCCCUGCCCAUGGCCUCCCCCCGAGGAUCUGGGAGCUCUACAUCUCUGAGUACUGUGGGUUCUGAGGGGGAGCCUCAUGCAGGCCCCAGCCCAGGCCCCAGCUCCGGCCAGGCCUGUUCUGGGCCAGCCCUGGAGCCCCUGCCAGGUCCCCCCAUUCAGCUGCACCUGACUCCUGUGGGGCCUAGAGGGGAGCCGGGCCAGGGGACCAGGAAGCCCUCCCACCUGGAGCGAGUGGCCCGGGAGAUUGUGGAGACAGAGCGGGCUUAUGUGCGGGACCUGAGGAGCAUCGUGGAGGAUUACCUGGGCUGUCUGGUGGCCAAUGGUCCUCCUGGCUUGACUUCAGAACAUCUCGGGACCCUCUUCUCCAACAUCGAAGACAUCUACGAGUUUAGCAGCGAGCUCCUGGAAGACCUGGAGAGCAGUAGCAGCACCCACAGCAUCGCCGACUGCUUCGUGCAGAGGAGUGAGGAGUUCGACAUCUACACCCUCUACUGUAUGAACUACCCAAGCUCGAUGGCCUUGCUACGGGACCUGUCACUCUCCCCUCCCGUGGCCCUGUGGCUCCAGGAGCGCCAGGCCCAGCUCCGCCACUCACUGCCCCUCCAGAGCUUCCUCCUCAAGCCUGUGCAGCGCAUCCUCAAAUAUCACCUGUUACUGCAGGAGCUGGGCAAGCACUGGCCGGAAGGUGCGGGCGCAGAGCAAGGCCCCGGAGGCCGGGAGGUGGUUGAAGAUGCCAUCGUGUCCAUGACGGCGGUUGCCUGGUACAUUAACGACAUGAAGAGGAAACAGGAACACGCGGCUCGCCUGCAAGAAGUUCAGCGGCGGCUGGGGGGCUGGGGGGGCCCGGAGCUAAGUGCCUUUGGGGAGCUGGUCCUGGAGGGCGUGUUCCGAGGUGGGGGUGGCCCGCGGCUCCGGGGGGGCCAGCGCCUCCUCUUCCUCUUCUCGCGGAUGCUCCUGGUGGCCAAAAGACGAGGCCCUGGGUAUAACUACAAGGGGCACAUCUUUUGCUGUAACCUGUCUGUGAGUGAGAGUUCCAAAGACCCCCUGAGCUUCAAGGUGGCUGACGUGACCAUCCCCAAACAUCAGCACCUGCUGCAGGCCAAGAACCAUGAGGAGAAACGCCUGUGGCUUCAUUACCUCCAUCGCUUAAUUGUGGAAAACCACCCAGCCUCCAUUCCUGCCAAGGCAAAGCAAGUCCUCUUGGAAAACACUUUCCACUGUGCCCCCGAAGGACAGCCCAGCUGUGAGCCUCUCACACCCCCUCUGGGGUCCCCCCGCCUCCCCGAAGGCCGGAAUUUCACCGGUCGAAGGACAACAGACCCCUCCCCAUCUCUGAGCAGUCCUGCAGGGGCUUCGCCUGGCCGAAGAGGCCGAAGGCAGUCCGAGCCAGCAAAGGAGUCCCACAUCAUGUUGCCACAGAUCGCCGGAUCUAGGCUCAAGCAUGCUGGCAGCGAGGGGGAACUGUUCCCGAAGUCAGAGCCUCUCUGCAAGGCCCCGACCCCUGAGCCAGCCCUGGUCCUGGCCUCAGGAACCCCUGAAGACCUGGAGGAACCAGCUCCCCCCAACCUGGGCCCCCCAGGGCUCUCUAUCACGGAGGAGAUCAUGGAGUUGCUGACUCAGAGAGGUCUCCAGGAAUCAGGGCUUCCACCCGUGGACGUUCCUGAAGCUCCCCAAUUCCAAGGGGAGCCCGAGUGUCCAAGUCAUAGCGGGAAUGUUGGCCCAGAGUCCCCAGCCCCACCAAGCACAGAGUCCUCUGAAGAGGCGGAGGGAAAACAGUUAGGGGACCGAGCGCCAUCUCCCCUCCACGUCCUAGAGGGACCGGACAGUCCCGAAAUUUCCAGCAUUCCCGAAAUUCCAGGCACUGCAGCGAUUUCUGCCAUUCCCCAGCUUCCAGACAUUUCCCAAAUUCCCAGUUGUGAGGACAGUCCCCAAAUUUCUGACCACUCCCUAGAACAAGGGGAGCCCUGCCCCCAAGGAGCAGUUCAGGAUGGGGAUUCCAGUGGAAAGACAAUCCCAGCAGAAAAGACCCAUGAUGGAGCUGAGCCCAGACAGGACAGCCAGUUGUCUGGAACAGAGGAAGAGGAGGAGGAGGAGGACGACGAGGAGGACGAAGAGGAGGAAGAGGAAGAGGACCCAGAAGAAGGAGAGCUCUCUCUCACGUCUCCCCAUAAGACGGGUGAUCUGGAGGCCCCAGCGUUCCACUCCUGCUCAGAGAUCCGGAGGGCAUGGCGGGCCAUGGAGCAAGGAGCCAUGGAAGGAAGGAGCUCCCAGGGCAGCAUUCUGGAGCCGCUGCUGAUUCUGGAAGAGUCAGAUUUCAGGGGAAACUGCAGAGUGGGGUCCCUCUCCCGGCUCCUUGUUGGCGCGGAUGGGACCAGGAAUGGCGACGGCCCCAGCGGUGGCUCUGCUGGUUCCGAGAGGGUGGCCACUCGAGUCCGGGAGUUGGCGCGGAUGUACAGCGACCGAAUCGAGAGACUCCAGAGGGCAGGGAACCAGGCGUGUGUGGCGGGCUCCCGAAGGAGAACCCGGGGCCUGGUGCAUUCCCACCAACUCCUGGUACCCCCAAAGGAAGAGGAGGAACUUCGGCCUGGGCCUCCCCCUGUUUUUGGCCACGUCCUAGUCCGAGAGGUGAGCCUCCCAAUGACCUGUGCUCAGGCCUCGGUGGCUCUGGUCCCAGCAGUGCGAGCCCAGGCUGCCGCCCCAUUGCUCACCAAAAGGCCGGAGCCUCUCCCUGCUGGAAGGCCUUGCCCCCCCGAGGCUGGCGGACUCCUAGAGCCUGAGGUCCCCCAGGAGGAAGCCUCGAACUUCCCCAGUCCAGAGGCUAAUCAGCCCACGCCGGAAGCCCUGGCCCCCAGCCUACCUACUCAGGGACGCCAGCUCUUGGGGCCCAGUGCAGCCGCCCUGUCCAGGUACCUGGCUGCUUCUUGCAUCAGUCAGAGUCUGGCGAGGAGAGGGGCCAGGGUCCUCGAAGGUGAGGCUCCCCUGGCCUGGAGGCCCUCCCCACCCAGGGGUCCCUGGGCCUCGGCCCCCUCAUCCCGAGCCCCAUCACCACCGCCCACGACCCGGCCCAGCUACUCUACCACGGUCAGCAUCCGAGUUGGGGGUGGAGGGCGGCUGGGUCCGGCUAAAGCCCAGGUCCGCCUGAAUCAUGCCCCUCUGCUGACCUCCCUGGAUCUCCCAGGGCAGCGCCGGGUGCAGGGGGCAGCUGAGGCCACUCCCAGAACAUGAGCUGAAUGUAGGGGUCCUCCAGAGACAAGGUCAGGGCUGGCGCCAUGCUCGGGUCUCCAAAAAGAAAGACCUGAAGAUAUGUAAGUCCCUGAGAAGAAAAGACUAAGGAUAUGGACCCUUGGAUCCUACUGGCUGGCAUUGUGCCUCAGUUUCCCCACACACUCCCCCCCUUGUCCAAUACAGAGGUCUGUUCGGCCCAUUAAGUGCUUUGAAAACCCACAGGGGGCUGCCUCUAAUGUUAUUAAUAAUUAAUGUUAUUAAGUAUUUUCUAUGUUUGCACAUUCCCUGGGUGGGGGCGUCCUCAGAUGUACAGCUCUGCAUAAAUACUGUCUACCCCGCCAGCCUUCCCCCCACCACAUUGCAGGAAGGGAAUUCUCUGAAGGGCAUGGGCUUGGGGAUCUGGGUAAGGAAGGACCCCAGAUUCUACCUACUGUUUCAGGGGAGCGUGCCCUAACCCCCAAGACCCUCUCUUUCUCCUAGCACUGACCCCAGCCCCUCACUUCCUCUCCAGAAAACGCAAGGUCCUUGUUUUGAGAGGACCAAACCCCACUCCCCCAAUAAAUGGAUCCAAGCUGUU